AUGGGCAACUCCUCCGGGAAGGGCGAGGGCGAUGAGGAGGAAGACGAGGUGGAGGGAAAAGACGGCGAAGAGGUGGGAAUAGUGCAGAGGAAGAAAAAGAAGAAAAAAGAGGAGGAAGUGGAAGAAGAACUUCCACUGGGGGUGGAUGAGUUGCUGGAAAGCGGAGAUCCAGUCUUGGACUUGAGCUACCGGAAAUUUAAGCGCUUACCUGCUCGGGUUUGCGGACUGACGCAUGUGGAGAAGCUUUACGUUUGUGGAAAUAGCCUGCGUGUUCUUCCUGAGGGUAUCACCCAGCUACAAGGUCUGCGGAUUCUUGCCCUGGACUUCAACAAGAUGGAGGAUGUUCCUCUGGCCAUUUGUCAGCUGGCUCACCUCAGCCGCCUCUACCUGGGCAGCAACCGCCUCAUGACACUCCCGCCCGAGCUGAAGAACCUUCGGAAUCUCCGCUGCCUGUGGCUGGAGAGCAACUACUUUCAAUGGUUUCCGAAAGAACUUUACGAACUUCCCAACCUAAAGUCCCUGCAGAUAGGUGACAACCGCCUCAAGACGUUGCCUCCUGACCUGUGCCGCAUGGAGACGUUGAGGGGACUGUGGCUCUACGGGAAUCGCUUCCAGACUUUCCCCAAAGUCCUUCUAAGCAUGGAGGGCUUGGAGAUCCUGGACCUGGACCGCAACAAGAUAUCCGAGUUCCCCAACCUGAAGCGCCUCCAGUCCCUUCGUCUCUUCUCCUAUGACCACAACCCGGUCAAGGAGCCUCCUAAAGUGGGUGAGGAGGUGAUAGUGGUCGGGGAGGGCGCUGCGGAGUUUUUGGAGGAGCGUGAGGCCAGAAAGGACAGAAGACGACAGGAGGAAGAGGAGGCGGCUCUGGCGGGAGAGGAGCCCAUCAUUCACGGCAUUUUGAAGAACAGCAGCGCCAAACGUGCUGCCGACGAAGAGGACGGGGAGGAGGCCGGGUCGCCGGUCCUCGGGUACGACGGCGGCGAGCUGGAGUAUGACGAGGAGGCGUUUGAGUACGAGACGGAGGAACUGAUCUGCGAGGCCGAGGGCUUGGAGUACGAGGGAGAGGACCUGGAGUACGACAGGGCUUACGUGGAUUAUGAAUAUGAGGAGGACAUGGAGACGAGGGUAGAGGCAUGACAUCAAACCUCCAGACUAU